AUGCAACAAGAUUGGGAGAAGAAAUCAAUAAGGGCUCUACCAAACGAAAUACUUCUAACGAUAUUUUCCUACCUUCAAACCCACGAUGUCAAAUACAACAUAUCGAAAGUUUGCAUUCAGUGGUCGUAUUUAUCGCGAGAUAAAAAACUAUGGACGAAAUUAAAUUAUAAGACGACGAGUAAAUCAACGAGAACUUUCGGCGUCGAAUCCUGGUAUUCAACAUUGAAAUUUCUAGAAAAUACUCCCCAACUUCGAAACAUCGUAAUUUCUCAAUGUCACACCGAAGAAGAAAUAAUCGAAAUAUUAAAAUCUCUCAACGUUCAUUGUCCGAAAUUGCGUCACAUGGAAUUCGACAUGGAUGUCGGAAACGUGUUUAAACACCUCAAAGGAAUGGAUAAUUUAUUAAAAACCGUCGAAUCCCUAAAAAUCAAACUUGGUUCCUGUCAAUCUCAAUCGAACGUGUUUAAAAUUUUAACGGAAUUUAAAAACCUAAGAAAAAUUGUUUUUAUCGGAGCGAAUCCACCGACUCCGGGAUUUAGUUUUUUUUUACGGGAAUCCCCCAAUUUGGAAAAUGUUAGCGUGUCGGGAGUGGAAUUUUCUAAAAAUAAUUUUAUGUCCUUGUGGAAAUUCAAAGACAAAUUUAUUGGAUUGGAUAUAAAAAUUGAUAAAUUGGACGGUAACUCAUUGAAAUUGUUAUCCGUUUUCCCUAAUUUAAAAAAUUUAAUGGUCACCGAUGGAAAUUCAUCUCCGGAAAAGUUGGGAUGCGUCGGCCGUUUUAAAUAUUUAAAAAUUUUACACCUUCAAGAGGAAGCAUCGUCACCCGUACUCACAUCCACCGCAAUCACGGAAUUUUUUCAAUAUGGAUGUUUUACUCAUUUAAGAGAAUUAAAACUUCACAAGAGCAGAUUGAACGAUGAUGGAGCAGCUGAAAUUCGUAGGAAUUGUCCCAAUUUAUUAUAUUUGGAAGUUAUGACUUAUCCCAGAAGUAUUAGCAGUUUAACGAAAAAAGCACUUCUUCAUUUUAUUCAUUGUAAACGUCUUUUGCAUUUUGAAAUAUUAUUUGAUAACAGCCAAGAAACAGAUUGGAUAUACAGAAGGAUAAGACACGUUCAUCACGAUUGUCAAAUAGAAAAACCUUGUCCGAUGGGUUUGGAAAAACUUCUUGACGCUUGGGAUGAAAUUCAUAUUCCUGUUGAUUAA